UCGCCGGUGCCGCUUUGCUUGGGAGCACUCGAACUGGCGCCCGGAAGACGUGAUUUUCAAAGCUAACUAUGAAAACAUUUGUCAUUGGAAUCAGUGGUGUGACCAAUGGUGGGAAGACAACACUGGCCAAGAAUUUGCAGAAACGCCUCCCAAACUGCAGUGUCAUAUCUCAGGAUGAUUUCUUUAAGCCAGAGUCUGAGAUACGGACAGACGAAAAUGGAUUUCUGCAGUAUGAUGCCACCGCCCCCCACCUCAGUAUCGGUGAGGCCCAGCAGGCAGCUGAACAUCCACCCUUCCUGGACCUGCACACUACACCUAAACAGGGUGACUGCCUGCAAAAAAAGAAAAAAGGAUUAACUAGGAUCCAGAACCUCAUAAAAAUGGAGUUUCCUGUGUAUUUUGAUAGUACAAGGGUCUACGAGCCUCCAGAUGCCCCAGGAUACUUUGAUGGCCACGUGUGGCCGAUGUAUCUAAAGCACAGACAAGAAAUGGAGAACAUCUCGUGGGAAAUUAUUUACCUGGAUGGAACAAAAUCUGAGAAGGACCUCUUUUCACAAGUGUAUGAAGAUCUUAUACAAGAGCUAGCAAAGCAAAAGCGUCUGCAAGUAACAGCAUAAAUUUGGAAUGCCCUGAAUCCUUCCUGGAGUGAGUUAGGAAAUUCAAAGAAAUCUAUUCAAGAACCUUAACCAAGAUACAGUAUGUACUUUGGUACAGUGACAGCUCUUGUUUUGUUUGUUGAUCUGUUUAUUUGUUCUAUCACACAUGGUUUCCCUAACCUGUGGAACAGUGAAUAGCUAUCCAUGACAAUGGACAGGAAUUUGCCUUAAUGAGUUAUUCUCACUCCAAAAAGUGCAAAGAUAUGGCAUAGCUCAGAAACAGGCAUUAAUUUUGCUAGACCAAUGAUUGUCAGACUCUUCUGACUGGGACCCAGAAUAAGAAAUAAGAUGUAGAUCACAACCCAGUAUAUAUGUCAUCUAUCGAUGUAUGUGUUUGUGUGUAUGUGUCUAUAUGUGUGUAUAUGUAUGUGUCUGUAUGUGUUGCAUGUAUCAUAUCAAGUAUCAUAAAACAUUUACCUCACAUGCACUCUUGAUAUUUUUUAUUUCUAAUUUUUUUAAAAUAUUGGUUACCAUCCCAUACCAGUGCCCACCUCCUGCAAAUAAUGGCAUUACCAAGAAUAGCAGUUACAGUGAAUAAAUCAAACCAAUCACCCAGUAUCUUUUUAUAUGUGUUUUGCCCUUGUUACUGCUGUUAAUUUUUGUGUGUAUGUAUCUGAAACCGCUGAAUCACUUGUGUCACUAUGUUGAGACUUUGUUACAAAUAAGGGUUUCUUAUGUGUGCGUGUUUUAUUUUGUUUUUGUCAAACCCAUGGUCUAAAAUCACAGAAAUAAGUUGCAGUUACUUCAGUGAUAUGCAAUACAGGGGACCUUUCAUUGAAAAACACAAAUAGGAGAUCUGUAUAAUCAUAUAAUUUUUUGAGACUUCAUUCAAUGCUGGAAUUUUAAUUAUCUACUGUGCUGAUCAACUUGUUACUUAAUAAUAUGAUUAAACAGAUUGUUCACAACCCUUCUGGUCCUUACAAAUAUAAACUAAUGUUUCGUUAACUUUAAACAUUCUCUGUAGGCUCCUCUGAUCAGCUCUCAUUACUUCCAUAUUUCUAACUAGCUUGCACUCAGUGAUGAUUAGGGGGUUUUUUGGUCACACACACUACAAAAACAAACAAAAAAUGUGGACUCAACUAAUAGUUCACCUUUUUAAUAGCUAUAUGACUUGAUCAAACGAUUUUAAAGUAUUUCUUCUUUAUAAGGUGGGGAUAUCAAGAGUACUUAGUGUGGGUUUAUUGGAGAGUAAGGAUAAAGUUCUAAAUCCAUAACAUGGCCCCCAAGGAAUCCCCUGAUUUAGCUUCUGAGUGCCUCUCUACCCUCACUUCCCACUGCUGUUCAGCCACUGGAACCCUCUCCUCAGACCUACAGGACACUUCCUGCUCAUGGCAGGCACAUGUGCUGCUUCUGAUGCUUAGGGUAAACUUCUGCAACCCUUCCCUGCAACCAGUCUGCUAAUUCCUACUCCUCCUUCAGAUCACCCCUAAACUGCCUCUUCUCAGAGUAUUUCCCUCCUUGUCCCCCCAUAGGUACUCACCAAGCUCCCCUAUUUUUUCUUCAAAGCACUAAUCACAAUUGUAAUUAUACUGCCACUUACAGAAUCACUCAUUUAGUGGCUGUCUGUCCAGCUAGACUGUAAGAUCCUUGAAGGCAGACCCUACUUCUGUGACUUAGUUACAAACACACCCCUACUAAUUAAUUAGCACAGUGUCUGGCACAUAAUGAGCACAAUAAAUGUAAAUGUUGGGUACUUUUUAUAAAUUAUUACUACAUCAGGGAUGAGUUCACAUGCAAGAAAUGUGUCACUUGACUAAUUGUAGCUUAAACUCAUUGGGGUUUUGUUUUGUUUUGUUUUGUUUUGUUUUGUUUUUUACAUGACAAAGUCCAAGGCAUGUAGGCCAGGGUUUUUGCAUAGAGUUGUUGGAUUUAGGGGGAAAAAAACAAAAACAAAAUUCUAGGGUACACAGCUAAAUCAGCACUUUAGAUAAACUAUAAAUAACUUUUUAGUAUAAGUCAGUCCCAAAUAUUAGAUCUUUAAGACUGCUGGUUUUCUGAAAUUCAGCAAUUCAGAAGUGUCAUGAGAAAGCCAGGGACUUUCAUCCUUGACUAUCACCUGAGGUAUCACCAGGAGGUCACAGAGAGGCAGCAGAAGCAUCCCAGCAUAGUGUCGACUACCAAGGCAGACAGAUCAGUGUAGGGAGGCACAGACAGCCACACGCCUUCCAAAAGCACCCAUCAGUGGCCCCAACAGACUUCCCCAGAUGUCUCCAGGGCCAGAACUGACUCUCAUGGCCACUUCUCACUGCAGAGGAGGCUGGGAAAAGGAUGUUUUGAUAGAUUUGAACCAGUUACCAUUCAUUUCCUGGGAGAUGUUGCCAUGGGGGGGGGGAAGCUUUUAAGGAAGGAGGAGGAAAUAGGUAACCAACUCCAAGUGUCUGCCACAACCUUUUUAUGCAUAUCUCCCUGGCUAUGAUUUUUUUCAAGCUUAUAUUGAUGUAAUUCGUGUUAUCAGAAAAUUAGGAUUUUUUUUAGAAUAAAUCUAGAUAUGAUUUUUCAUAGUUUAUUUCCAAGAAUUUCUGAAAUACCCCCUUUUCCCCUUCUCCCCUACAUGGAGAGAAUUGAGUGUGAUUGAGAAACAUCACGCUUGACUUUUCUCCCGGUUUCAGCAUGUGAAAAUAGGGCAGAGAGAUACUCUUUAUCUUAAACGAACAAAUAAAAAACAAACAAACAAACAAAAGACUUUAACAGACAUUAAAAGUGGAAACAUUCAAACUGUUUUGGAAAGAAGUAAAUAUUUUUGCUCACUACUACCAGUGAGAAAUAAAUCAGGAAUUUGAAAUAAAAUACCAGUGCUUCAUAGCUGUGUGUGUGGUUGCACAUUUAGUUAGUCUUACCAAAGCAGUUAGAGAUAGUAUAUCUGUUUAGCAAAGCACAUGCUCUUUUUCUAUUGACAAGAAGCAAAUCUGAAGUCUUCACUUUCUCUGCAUGAGUAACCUCAAUCCCUUUAGGAUAAAUUUGCUUUAGGAAAGUUUCAUUGUGCUUGUGGUUAAACACAGAGGGAGUUUAGAAAAGGACCUCAUGCACAGACUGUUACACUAAAGGGGGAGACACAAACCUAACAAAUUGCCUUUUAAGGAUAUGCUUGUAGUACAUAGAGUCAUACAAUGUUGGAGCAGUAUUAGCUGGUUCGACACUCUAUUUCAGUGUAGAAAUUAAAACCAGAGCUGGUGACCUACCCAACCCCAUGUGGCUAGUUACUGGUGGGACCAGGGCCAGGCCACAAUUCCUAUACCACACAAA